UUCGAUUAUUCCUUUCUAAAAACUAAAAUUACAAUGAUAUAAAUUACUAUUUAACAUUUCCAUUACGUAAUGUGGCCUCAGUUGUGCCGUUCACAAUUCGAAUGUCAUUAAAACAAUCUACUAGAACCAUGAUCUAGUACAUAAUUGUCAUCAACAAUCAGUAUUUCUUUUUAAUGAUAAAUCUAUUGCAGUGUCAAUAAUUUAUCACCUUUAUUAUAGUUUUUAACAUUAUUUGAUCAUGGACCAAGGAACCUGUAAAACAGUUAUUCGUGUUGGUUCACGUAAAAGUGAACUAGCAUUAAUUCAGACCAAAUUUGUUAUUAACCAGUUAAAAGAAUUAAAUCCGGAAAUAGAAUUUGAAAUAGUUUCCAUGACUACUAUGGGUGACAGAGUGCUGGACAAACCUUUACCAAAAAUUGGAGAAAAAAGUUUAUUCACCAAGGAUCUUGAAGUUGCAUUAUUGAGUGGUACUGUCGACUUUGUUGUGCAUUCAUUGAAAGACUUACCUACUGUGAUGGAAAUUGGAACAACCAUUGGAGCAAUUCUUAAACGAGAUGAUCCUAGAGAUGCACUUGUACUUCGAGACGAUUGUAAACAAUUUCAACUGGAUUCAUUACCUUCUAAGAGUUUGAUUGGAACUAGUUCUUUACGACGAACAGCUCAAUUAAAAAGGAAAUUUUCUAAUAUUCAAGUAUCUGAUGUGCGUGGAAAUUUAAAUACAAGAUUAAAAAAAUUAGACGAUGAUAGUCAAACUAUUGGAAAAAAUUCAAAUACGAAUUAUAGUGGUAUAAUUUUAGCCUUGGCUGGUAUUCGAAGAAUGGGAUGGGAAAAACGAGUAUCGCAAAUAAUUGACUCAGAUGUUAUGCUUUAUGCUGUGGGCCAAGGAGCUUUAGCAGUUGAAUGUCGUAUCGGAGAUGAAUUUAUUCUUGAAAUGCUUGAGCCAUUACAUCACUAUGAAACAGUCCUACAGGUUGUUGCUGAAAGAGGGUUUCUUACACGUUUAGGCGGAGGGUGCAGUGCUCCAGUUGGUAUAAGAUCUACUGUGUGUUUGAGAAAAAAUGCAAUAUUUUUGGAUGGUGCUGUUUGGAGUCUUGAUGGUUCAGAAGAAUUGAAAUAUUCAUCUUCUGCAGAGUUGGCUGAUAAAAAAGUUAUACAGAGUCAUAUUGAUCAAUAUAGAGGUGAAGAUGGUGAACCACCUAAGAAAUGUCCUUACAAACAACCCAGGCAAUUUGUAGGCGUUACACCAGGAAAAAUUAGUUAUUUAGAUCUGGACAUAGCUUUAAAAUUGGGUACUGAGUUGGCAGAAAAUUUAAUUAAUCAAGGUGCUCUUGAUAUAAUGAAUGCAGCAAAAGAUACAAUUCAUUCUGCCAUUAAAUAACUAUUUUAUUUAUUAAGUAAAUAUGAAUUAUCUUUGUUGUUAUUCUUAGGGGAUGUUUAGUUUUGGUGGUUUCUGUUGAUUCUUGUUAUUUAUUGUUUUGUCCUUAUCUUUUUAUUUGAAUAACUAUCUCCCCCCCGUUGAAUUAUAAUGCUAUUCUAUAUUGAUUAAUUAAAUAUAAAACUAUUUACCAUAAA